ACGUGGCCCCCGCCUGACCUGGCGGACGGGGGCGGAGUAGGGCCCAGCGGGCGGCAAACGCAGCACUUUCCGCCGCUUUGACCAGGCUAGUGCGGCCGGGCCGAGAGCUGAGCCGGAUGAGACUGCACCAUGCAGGAAGUGCCAGCCGCGCUGCCCACGGAACCAGGCCCCAGCCCCGUACCAGCCUUCCUUGGCAAGCUAUGGGCGCUGGUGGGCGACCCAGGCACCGACCACCUGAUCCGCUGGAGCCCGAGCGGGACCAGUUUCCUCGUUAGCGAUCAGAGCCGCUUCGCCAAGGAAGUGCUGCCCCAGUAUUUCAAGCACAGCAACAUGGCUAGCUUUGUGCGACAACUCAACAUGUACGGUUUUCGAAAGGUGGUGAGCAUCGAGCAGGGCGGACUGCUCAGGCCGGAGCGCGACCAUGUUGAGUUCCAGCACCCUAGCUUUGUGCGCGGCCGCGAGCAGCUCCUGGAGCGCGUACGGCGCAAGGUGCCCGCGCUGAGAGGCGACGAUGGCCGCUGGCGCCCCGAGGACUUGGGCCGACUACUGGGCGAGGUGCAGGCUUUGCGGGGCGUGCAGGAGAGCACCGAGACGCGGCUGCGGGAACUCAGGCAGCAGAACGAGAUCUUGUGGCGAGAGGUGGUGACUCUGCGGCAGAGCCACGGUCAGCAGCACCGGGUCAUUGGCAAGCUGAUCCAGUGUCUCUUUGGGCCACUUCAGGCGGGGCCCAGCAGUGCGGGAGCCAAGAGAAAGCUGUCUCUGAUGUUAGAUGAAGGGAGCACAUGCCCUGCACCUGCCAAAUUCAAUGCCUGCUCCCUACCUGGCACUCUCCUACAGGACCCCUACUUCAUCCAGUCGCCCCUCCCAGAGGCUACCUUGGGACUUAGCCCUCACAGGGCCAGGGGCCCCAUCAUCUCUGACAUCCCAGAAGACUCCCCAUCCCCUGAAGGAACCAGGCUUUCUUCCUCCAGUGGUGGCAGGAGGGAGAAGGGCCUGGCACUGCUCAAAGAAGAGCCGGCCAGUCCAGGGGGGGAUGGCGAGGCCGGGCUGGCCCUGGCCCCAAACGAGUGUGACUUCUGCGUGACAGCCCCCCCACCACUGCCUGUGGCUGUGGUACAGGCCAUCCUGGAAGGGAAAGGGAGCUUCAGCCCCGAGGGGCCCAGGAGUGCCCAACAGCCUGAACCAAGGGACCCCAGGGAGAUAGCUGACAGGGGGCCUCUGGGCCUGGAGAGGGGGGACCGAAGCCCAGAGAAUCUGCUGCCUCCAAUGCUGCUUCGGCCCCCACCAGAAAGUGUGGAUCCUUCAGGGCCCCUGGAUGUGCUGGGCCCCAGCCUCCAAAGUCGAGAAUGGACCCUGAUGGAUCUGGACAUGGAACUGUCCCUGAUGCAGCCCUUGGUUCCAGAGAGGGGUGAGCCUGAGCUGGCAGUCAAGGGGUUAAAUUCCCCAGGCCCAGGGAAGGACGCCACACUUGGGGCUCCACUCGUGCUGGAUGUCCAGGCUGCUUUGGGAGGCCCAGCCCUUGGCCUCCCUGGGGCUUUAACCAUCUACAGCACCCCUGAGAGCAGGGCCUCUUACGUCGGCCCAGCAGCCAGUCCUUCCCCCUGAGAACGCAGGCCUCUCAAGCCAGGCUGGCCAAGGAACCAGUCUGCAGCAGCACACUCCUCUUGGCUUCCUGGCGCCCCCUGGCGGGGGGGUGAGCGAAGCCCCCAGUACUCAACAGCCUCUAUUACCCUGACGAGCCCUGCACAUAAAUUGCAUUUUUU